AUGGGAGACCAGACCACCUAUGUCAAUGCAGGUGCUGUAGUGUCCCACGUGUUCCUGUCUGUGGGUGCGUUUGAGGUGUGUGUGUUGGCUGAGAACAAAGUGGGGAGUGUGAGCCACUGUGUCCCCGUCUCUGUGCUGCACCGGAUGCAAUCUGUGAGUAUCCACACAGAGAAGCAGGCGUAUGCCACAAACACUGAUAUAACAUUCCGGGCCCGGACAGAAGAACCGGACCCUGUGGAAUUCCUCUGGCACUUUGGAGAUUCCGGACCACUUCGAACCACAUCACGCUCCUUAAAAAAGACAUACCACACACCUGACAGGUACAGUGUGGUGGUGGUAGCCUCCAACGGGCUGAGCUCCUUCACCUCCGAGGUGCAUCCUGUCUUGGUCCAGAGAGCUGUGCGUCCUAACAGAUUGCUCCUCCAGACGUCUGUGGUACUGAACCACACCGCCAGCUUCACCUGUAGGGUCAACUCUGGAACCAACCUUUCCUACUCCUGGAGCUUUGGAGACGGAACCUCCAGGACGGGAGGGAACACAGAACAGCAUGUGUUCCACAGGACAGGAGAGUUCACGGUUGAGGUGACCGUGUCUAACCUGGUCAGCUCUGCCUCCCUGACCGCACAGAUGUUUGUGGUCGACCGCCCCUGUAAACCUCCAGCUGUUAAAAACAUGGGACCGCUCAAGAUACAGGUACGGAGGUAUGAGCCAGUGGGUCUGGGGGUGACGUAUGAGGCAGAGGUGCAGUGUGAUGUGUUCCAGGGUCUGGAGUACAACUGGUCUCUGUAUAACUCUACAGGCCUGCCUGUACCUCUACCUCCUGUUCACACAGACAGACAGAGCAUCACCCUACCCAGCCACUUCCUACACUAUGGUAUCUACACCGCUAUAGCCAAGGUCCAGAUCGUGGGCAGUGUGGUGUACAGUAACUACAGUGUAUGUGUGGAGGUGGUGCCCAGUCCUCUGGUCUCCUUCAUCCAUGGAGGCACCAAUGUGUUCCUCAGCAGCAGAAACAGCAGCAUUAUCUCCCUAAACGGACAACUCUCCUAUGACCCCGACUACCCCAUGAACCACCUCAGCUAUAACUGGACCUGUAAGCCAAUCAGUACCAUCGACAGCUCCUGUUUCGACCAAUAUGUGCCCACCUCCUUCUCUGUGAUCGUGUUUCCAGUGGGGUUCCUGAAACGGGACUUUGACCAGUUCAGGUUCAUGCUCACUGUCCAGAGUGGAGAACGCUCAUCUACAACUGACACCUUCAUCACGGUCACACCCAGCCAGAUCAGGAGAGUGUCAGUGUAUUGUUACCAGUGCCAGGGGGACGCAGUGAACUGGGACCAGUCGUUCUCAGUCAGAGCAGUGUGUGAUAGCUGUGGCCCCUCCCCCAGAACCAUCAGCUACACCUGGACUCUCUACCUGGUCGACUCCUCCAGUAAGGUGGACACAGACGUCCCCUUCUGCCACAGUGUGGAUCUGAGUAUUCCCUCCAACAUCAUUGUCCCCCUGCCUCCCUUCUCCCCGUUGCCCCCCUUCCCCCUCCCUUCUCCAUCACCUCGUGGUCGCCCCCAGAAACAGAGGUCACAGGGGUCAGUAGAACUUCAGAGAAUCAAUAGCGCAGCUGGGAACAACCAAACACCAAACUACAGCCCUCCAUUUCCCUCUUUACCAAACCACGCUGUAUUGGCCAACCCUUCACCAAACUCCUCCCCCGAGCCUGUCUCUGCUCCAAUCAGCUUCACUCCUGAUACACCUGAGCCAGACUUGGGAGGGUUUGACCCCGGUGGGCCCCCUUACCUCAUCUCAGAGUACCCUGUAGUUACCUUUGACGACGGCAGCAUCCUUUACUCUGCCCCCCUCGGCCAGAGUGACAUUAUCGAGGAAUUCCCCAUCGAUCCCAAUUUUCCCACUGACUACGACUUCCCUUUCCCCGUCCUGGAGAGUGGAGAUGUGAGCGGACGUCCUGUUGAGGGCUCCUUUCCUGGACAGUCAGUCAGUGGUGGAGUGUUAGGACCCUUCCCUGGAUCAGAUUAUAAUGUUCCCUUCCUGGGGAUAGAGGAGGGAGACCCGGGAGUGUCAGUGGGCAGACCAACAGGUUUUAGUGGUGGGAGCUCCGAGAGCUCAGAGGGUGACUCUGCUCCUGCUGUCCCAGGAUCAGGUGAGGAUGAGGGGAGUAACCUGAUGGACUCCAGCCCCUCCCUGGUGGUCCUUGAACCCACACUACUAGACUUGCCCAGAGAACUGUUAGAGCAGGAGCUGUUUGAGUCCUACACAUACACAGGAAUCUCCUCUAAUCUCAUCACGUUCAGACCUUUUACUCUGAGAGCAGGGAGCAGAUACAUGUUGGAGGUCACAGCUAACUCCCACGAUGCAGUACUGGGGCGGACUCAGCUGUUCCUGUCCACUAGCCCCAGCCCCCGAGGGAUAACCUGUCAAGUGCAGCCUAGCAGUGGCUUCGAGAUACACACACACUUCAGCUUCUUCUGCACCUCUGGGAAAGAGGACCUGCUGUAUGAGUACAGUUUCAGUAUAGGAAACAGCCCUCCUAAGAUCCUGUACCAAGGAAGAGACUUUCAGUACUUCUUCAACCUGCCAUCUGGAGACCCUCAGGAUGACUAUAAAGUCACUAUCUAUACAGAGGUCCGGAACAGGUUUGGAGCAGCAACUGCACCCUGUCCUGUAACCGUCACAGUCCACCCCAGCUUCAUCAGGAACACCUCCUCUAACUACAACCCUGAUAUGGAACUUUUUGAGUCAGGUUUGAGGAACCUGUCUGGUCUGGUCCAGUUGGGGAACAGUGUAGAGAUCCGUAACUACAUCAUCCUCCUGUCCAGCGUCCUCAACAGACUCAGCCAGGACCCCACAGCCAACACACACACUCAGACACACACACGCACCGCACUCAUCAACGCUGUUUGUCACCUCGACAUCAAUGACCAGCGGUCCAUGACAGAUAACAUCUACAUGCUCAAAGACCUGAUGCACCUCACCCACCAGGUAUCGUUAGCCAGUGCCAGUGUGGUGGUGGGUCAUGUCCAGUCCAUCUCAGACCUGUUCCACCAGCCCAGUGUUCCUGUUCCCUACCUAUUGGACAGCUGGACCCUCAACACUCUGGUCACACUGCUGUCAUACAGCCUGCAGGCCACCCCCACUACUAAUGAUGUCAGACAAGACCAGGCCACUGCUGAUGAUGUCAUACAGGCCACGCCUACCCUCAAAGAACAGGCCAUACAACUCACGACUGACAGUCUGCAGACUACUGAUCAAUUACUACUGAAAUACCUCCUGUUCAAUAAGGUCGAGCAGCACAACGUGACCACCAGUGUCAUGGACCUACAGACCACUCACCACGACCGUGGUCUAACCACAGUCAUCAGCUCUGGCUCGGCCACCUUCUACCUGCCUGACUCCCUGGACCUGGUCCUGUACGGCCGUAGGAGGAGAGAAACCGCAGAUGGACCACAGAGUCUCUGUGUCCUCAGCCAGCUGACCACGUUCACACACAACCUCUACUUCUGGACCAAGACACCUGUACUGCUGAGUGGGCCAGUGAUUGACCUGACUCUGUACAACUGCAGCACAAGGAGAGAGAUUCCAGUACGCUCGCUCUCCCAACCAAUCAACAUCGAGUUCCCCAAAACACCUAGAAAUGUAAGUUCUUUAUCGGAGUUCACUCUACUGCGUAGCCAGGUGAACUACCACGGUUUCAACAUUACCCAGCAGGCCUUGCAGGAGGCCAUACUGGUCAGUGUGGAAUUCACGCGGCCCCCCAACAAGACCUUUCCCAUCAUGCUCCUCUUCAGGAUGUUUGAGAGGCCGACCCCAAGCUUGUAUCACAUCCACAGCAUCUAUCACUGGGACAGAAACACCACUUACAUCACCCUGCCUCCAUCAUACCUCACUGCUGCAGGGACAGGCUACCUGGCUCUACUCAAUGCUGACUACAAAAAGACCCCCAGACACAAGUACAUGAGCAGACAAGUAAACUACACAUUGAGACUGGAGACCAGCCAGUGUCUGUCCUGGGACCACCAGGAGGGCUGGACACACACCAGCUGCACACCUCAUCAAGGACUGACCUCACACACCAGGGUCAACUGCAGCUGUAGGCACUUGAGCCCAUUGACCGUGGUCCAACAGCAGAUCCAGAGCAGCCAUGAUGACUCAGCAGACCUGGCCCAGUUCAUCAGUCUCCCCAGUGAUGUGACGGUGGUGUGUGUGUGUGUGGUGUGUGUGUGUCUGUAUGCUUUGGGCAUGGUGGUGUGUAAGAGAUCUGACCUCAUCUCAGAGAGGAACCAGGGAGUCUACUACCUAUCUGAUAACGCUCCUUCAGACACACACCUCUACUCUGUUACUAUACACACCGGCCUACGCUCCUCACCCAGCAUGACCGCCAAGGUCCAUAUCGUGCUGUAUGGGGAGGAUGGGGCGUCACAGACCAGACAACUACAUGACCCAGAAUGCCUUCUGUUCAGAAGGAACUCCAGGAACACCUUUAUACUGAGUACUGUAGACAGUCUGGGCCCUCUGUGGGGGCUGCACCUGUGGCAUGAUAACACUGGCCCCUCCCCCACCUGGUACCUCAGACAGGUGGAGGUGUGUGAGGUGAAGGGCAAGGGGCGGAGCUGGCUGUUCCUAGGCCAGUGCUGGUUGGCUGUUGACGAGGGUGACAGACAGGUGGAGAGGAGACUCAGGGUCUGUGAUCAGGGGCCAGGAUUCACCAAGCUGCUGUAUCUGAAGCUGUCAGAAUACCUGUCAGACUUCCACCUGUGGUUGUCUGUGUACAGUGGUCCCUCCCCUAGUGUGUUCACUCACACACAGCGCCUCAGUGUGUGUCUGCUGCUGCUGCUGGGGUACAUGUGUGUCAACACGUUACUCAUAUCUGGCCUCGACGACCAAUACACCUUAGAGCUGGGCAUCAUCGACGUGUCUGCCGUUUCCCUAACGACGGGGUUGCUCAGCGCGCUGGCUGUGUUGCCCGUAGCGACCGCGCUGUCCUUCCUGUUCCGUCAGCGUGAGGUUAGAGUAAAGAGGUCAGAGAUCAAACAGGACAUGGUCAGACUGCCAGACAUCUACUCUAUAGAAGCUGAUGCGCUGAUCGUGAGUGACUGUGUGUUUGACUCUCUCUCCUGGAACAAUCUGCAGCAGUGGGCACAGGAGGCCUGGAGGAAGAAAUAUGAGGUGACACACUCUUCCUGUUCUUACACACAUUUGGGAAAAUAUGUGGAUCUGCUGACCCAGGAGAACGUCUCCUCAGAUUGCAACUCCAGUGGUUUUGACAACAGCUUGCUUGGCAGGUUGCUAGGCAACAGUGUCCCAGACAACAACAGCGUUUGCAAGGAGAGGGAUCGUAACCUCAACGAUAGCCCCAAACUGCUAGGCAACAACCAGGUGGGCAACAGUACCAGCAGAUGCUUAGGGGGCAGGCUCAGCCCUCUACCCCGCUGGAGUCACCUCCUAGCCUGGGUACUGUGUUUGGCCCUGGGCCUCUCCUCUCUAGUGGUCACUAUCGUCUUGGGGAUCGGGUUCAGCAGCAGUAAGACUUUACUGUGGAUCCAUUCCGUCUUCUUCUCCCUGCUCUCCUGUGUCUUCCUCAUCCAGCCAGCCAUGAUCCUUGCCGUGGCUGUGGUGGUCUCCUUCUGGCGCAGGAAGCGUCCGGACUUCUCCAGUUUCUCAGGAGUUCCUGGGUUUCAGGCAGAAACUCUGAAACUGUGGACCCAAGAUGGCUCCUGUGUCCCAGAGCUCUUCCUGCUCAGCCCUCCUCAUCCGCCCCAGGAGAGAUACUCACACUUUGACAGGGUGCUGGCGGCCCGUCAGAGGGCUCGGUAUCUGCGUCUGGUACGCCCACCCACUUCUGGGGAGCUGAGGAGGACAGGGGGGAGGAAGAGGAGAGAAACACUCAUACGCAAAACACUCAGGGAGAUGGCAGUGUGUUUCUCCAUGCUGUUCCUCCUACUGUGUGUAACCUAUAGCAGCUCCUUUAGAGACCAGUAUCACCUCAACCAUGCUGUCCGAACACAGUUCACCAGGAGCCCACAUAACCCCUUCCUGUCCAUCCAAACGCAUGAGGAGUGGUGGAACUGGACCUUAACCAGUGUACUGGAUGGUCUGGACUGGGACACCUGGUAUAACAACAUAUCAGCAACUGGGAAGGCAGGUGCUGUCCAGGGAACAUGUAUUCUGAUAGGAGAGCCCAUCUUGAGGAAGAUUGAUGUUUCCAACGCAUCCCAAUGCCAGAAUGCCUCACGGCAUAUCCCCCACGUGAAAGAGUCUCUGGGAUGGCGUUACCCAUGGAGGUCAGACUUCGUCUCUGCGGUCAACUCCAGUGUUACACAGGAACUGGGACCACAGUCAGAGUUUAUGUCCAGGCUAGAAUCCCUGAGGUCCGCUGGCUGGCUGGACAGACUAACGGUAGCCAUGGCAACCCAGUUCACCCUCUACAGCCCCCCCACCAACCUGUUCAACAGUGUGAACCUGAUGGCCGAGAGAUUACCUGGUGGAGCUUUGCACACCUCCGCCCAUGUCCAGUCAGCUAGGGUCUACCAUUCACCUACUGUGUGGGACUACUUCAGUAUGGCAUGUCAGCUCCUUUUCCUCCUCCUCUCUCUGGCCCAGCUCGUCCUCCAGAUCUGUUCUGCUGGAGAGAAAGGCAUGCUGGGAUACUUGAGAGACCCCCAGAGUUGGCUCCAGGUCAGUAUACUCCUGGUAACCCUGGUGUACUACAUCUACUACAUCUAUCAGUCCAUUCUGACUCUGGAGGUCGUUGACCUGCUGCAGCGACACGACUUCAGGACGCAUGUGGAUGUCAGCUUACUGUCUACCUGGGAACAGCACACCCAUACACUGCGUGGCAUACUGCUCUUCCUCCUGGUGGUGCGGUGUAUGUGUUUGUCGGGGGUUAACAGAACCAUGGCCGCCUCAGUGACUCUACUCAGACUCGCCUUCUCCAGACUCCUCUGGCCAAUGCUGUCAGGAGUUGUCCUGUUGGUGGCUCUGUCCUCUGUGGGAAACCUGCUGCUCCUGAGAAGGUCCUGGGGGUCCAGCUCCCUGCCCCACUCCGUCUUCACACUCCUGUCUCUCUCCAGGGGCCAACUGGGCUCCAGGGCCCCCUCCCUGCCCAUGGCCUCUCAGCCCCACCAGCUCCACAGCCCCAACAGCCUGUUUUUGUCUUUCUACCAUGGAGCUCUCUGUCUCACCCUCACUGUGGCCUGGACAGCAGUGUUGAUUGGAAUCGUCUCCUCGUUAGUGAGAGCUGCUAAACUAGCUGGUAGGAGGAGGAGCCUACUGACUCUCUGUGACGUGGUUGGCUACGUCAGGGACCGGGCGGCUGUGCUCAUUGGCCAACGCAGACAGAGAUGGACAGAUAGCCAUGCCCACAGGAGAAGUUUUUACCUGGAGGAAUUUGAGAGCCUGGUGGAUGAGCUGCAGUUUAGACUAAAUGCCUUCUCUAACAGUCUGCACCACACCCUACCUCCUAAAGAUAUCUUCUUCCCCACCCAGAGCCCGUCCAGCCUGGCUUCACAGCGCUCUGCUGCCUGUGAAACAGCACACAUGACUGAUGAGACACUUCUCAAUGAUCCCCCUGUCAUCACCAAUCUCCCACUGACCUCCAGGGAACACUCACCUGACGCACACCACUACAGGUCUCAGCUUGAGUUGGAGACCCUCCACCAUCUGCAGCAGUCAGGCCAGAGGAGGCAGACCCCAGCCCCAGCUGGGGGACUCUCAAGUAGGGUAGGGACAUCCGGCAGUCCCCUGCAUAGUGGAGCACCAGGGAGGAACUCCCGAGAGCACCCAUCAGACAGAAACCUCCAGAGCUCCACCUCCAUAGGGGGGCCAAGCUACCUCUCCUCCCCAGAUUUGGUGCACCUAGCUGAGGCUCGGACAUGGGACAACAUGCCUCAGAUCCAGAGCCUAACAGGCUGGAUAGAUAAUCAGCUGGUUAAGACUGUGAUUCUGGAGAAUCAGAUCAGCCACUGGACCACUGUCGGUCGGUCUGGUAAGAAGAGCCACAGAAGUCCCAGAAACACCCAAUGGGCUACAGUAGAGGGGCCCAGCUCCAGAUAUACCACUGCUUCUGGGGUGGUGGAGGGCCAUGGAGGGCCACACAGGGAAGUGGUGGAGGUUAUGGUCCAUGGGCGCCCGGAGACUGAGCCAGAGGAGGAGGGAUUCCUAGGGACAGUCAGACAGUGCUGGGGUUAACACUGUAUGGCGAGUCUAAUGAAUUAAUUAUCUUCAUCAAUAUGCUAUUCAAGAGGGAUAUUUUGAAAAAAACAUGUUUAAAUACUCUGUGUGGAGGGAAUCAGGCUUAAUUACAAGUAUUCAGUAGGCCACUGCUUGUGUCACCAUGUCUAUUUUCAAAAACAUUAAAUAAACAAUGUGCACUGGUUGUAAAACAAAUAAAUAAAUGGUGUGUAAAAUACAUUCUCAAAUAAAUGGUGUGCAGGAUAGGGUGAGGGGAGCGCACACUGUUUCUUGAAAGAAUGAACAUUACAACAUGGCUCACUGACUAACCAACUAAUAUGCUUACAGGACAGUUGCAUUGUUGCAGCA